ACACAAAGACGGAGCGGGAGCAGUCGAAAACCGAGGCGAGGAGUCCUUGCUCCUUGAUAGUUGAUACGAGGGAGAGCCGGAGAGGAGUGAGGUUGAUCUCUCUGGCAAAAAUGUUGGGAAUUUCAUAUGGGGAGCUCUUCCUCUUACUUGGAGCCACUGCUGCUCUAAUCGGUGCUAAGGAUCUCCCAGUUAUCGCCAGAACAGCGGGGAGGUUAGCCGGCAGAGCAAUUGGGUAUGUUCAAUUAGCUCGUGGACAGUUCGAAAAUGUUUUGCAGCAGUCUCAAGCUAGGCAGGUGCACAAAGAACUUCAAGAUGCAAUUGCACAGCUAGAAGCAAUUCGUUAUGAAAUUCGGAGCAUAUCCAUCAUGAAUCCUGGUCCAAUGACUCGCGGGCUGAUGGAUAAUCCAGAGACUUCACCUUCUAGUAAUGGCAUUAGUGUGCCUGAGAAGCUUGAUGGAGAAGACAACUCAACGAACGCCAUCCAAAAGGACUAUACUUCAACAACUUCAGGUUCAUCUGAUUUGCACAGUCAAGCCACUACAUAUGCAAGAUUGGCUGAAUCUGCAGCUUUGAAGGCCAAGCUGAAGGCCGGUUCAUUGAAAGACAAUAGAAAUCUUGAGGAGCUUAAUGAUAAAGCUGGUCUUUUCACUGUUCUUCCUGUUUCUGCAGAAAGCACAAGGUUACUGCCAGAUCGCAGGGAUGAUGUGAAAGGAUCAGAUAUUGUGCUGGAAGCAGUUCUAGAGGCAGAAGUGGCACACAAUGCUAAACAUUUCUUUGCACAAGCUCAAAAUCAGAUACAAUCUGAAUGAAGGGUAAAUAUCUUUUUAUCUAUCAUUUGGGGAUGAAAAUGGGCCAAAUUUGGAGCCCCAAACUCUUGCCACAUGAUCAGAAUGGUGCCUUUCGAUAUUUAAAUAUUCAAAUGCCAAUGACCCAGGUGGUCAGUUGGCAUCCCAGCUCGUUGGCUCUCUGUGGUAUGGUUAAUGGGCCUCAUUUGCACCUGCUCAGUCCCCACCCCUGAUUCCUCUGUAAUCUGUACUAUGUAAUACCAAAACCAAAAAAUAUUCUAACUGAUAUUUUUAGUAAAAAACACAAGUUAAAGGUUUA